GGGUUGAAUGAGGAAGACAAGAGGGCAAGGCGAGAGAGACGCGAGAGGGAAAGAGAGAGAGACAGGGGGACAGAAACGCCGUUCUCAUACCGCUUGCCUUCAGUUUGCUCUCAUUCCAGUCCAAGGAUUUUGACAAAGUUUGCCAGAGUCAUUUUUUACAGAAGAUUCGUCGGAUAUUCCAACCUGCAACAUAGCAAGUAAUCCGCACUGAAGAGCGCCAAGAAAGAUACACCAUCGUCCAUUCCUUGGAAUUGUUGAAUUAAAAAAAAAAAGUAAAAUGGCCGGAAUGAACAGCGUCGAGGCGGUGAAGCGCAAGAUUAAAGUUUUGCAGCAACAGGCGGAUGAGGCCGAAGAGAGAGCUGAGGUCUUGCAAAGACAGGUCGAAGAAGAGAAACGAUCAAGAGAACAGGCUGAGGCGGAGGUGGCCUCUUUGAACAGGCGUAUCCAGCUGGUUGAGGAGGAGUUGGACAGAGCCCAGGAGAGGCUGGCCACUGCUCUGCAAAAGCUUGAGGAGGCAGAGAAGGCUGCAGAUGAGAGCGAGAGAGGCAUGAAGGUGAUUGAGAACAGAGCCCUGAAGGAUGAGGAGAAGAUGGAGCUGCAGGAGAUCCAGCUGAAGGAGGCCAAGCACAUUGCUGAGGAGGCCGACCGCAAGUACGAGGAGAUGGCUCGUAAGCUGGUGAUCAUUGAGGGCGACCUGGAGCGCACAGAGGAGAGAGCAGAGCUGGCUGAAGCCACGAGAAGGAGGCUGGAGGAGCAACUGAGGAGUUAUGACCAGGCGCUGAAGAGUCUACAGGCCGCAGAGGACAAGUACUCCCAGAAAGAGGACAAGUAUGAGGAGGAGAUUAAGAUCCUGACGGACAAACUUAAGGAGGCUGAGACUCGUGCUGAGUUUGCUGAAAGAUCAGUGGCCAAGCUGGAGAAGACCAUUGAUGAUCUGGAAGACGAGCUCUAUGCCCAGAAACUGAAGUACAAGGCUGUUAGCGAGGAGCUGGACCAUGCUCUGAAUGACAUGACCUCCAUAGCGGCUGGCCACUGCCAAAGAGGAGAAUGUCAAGAUCCAUGCCACCCUGGAUCAGACCCUGCAGGACCUAAACAGCUGCUAAGCCCCUUGGUGCCGCCACUGGAGCCUCUGACCCUUGGUGCCGCCACUGGAGCUUAUGACCUUUGCCCUUCUCUCUACAACUCCCUUCUCCCCUCCCUCUAUCUCUCUCUGUCCUGGGUGACUUGCGUUAGAGUUUGCAAGAACUGGCUGGUAUCGUAUUUUGGUGGCAGUAGCACUUGCUCUGGCCCUUCACCUGGGCCCACAUGUUUUUGUGUUCUAAGAUCUCGAUACAGUCCUCAGGCAUGUGAAGUUUUCUUUUGCUUUGUGUUGCCUCUAGCUUUAUAUUUAUGUGUGCGCUUGCAUAUUAAUAUACCCAUCUUCUCCCCUUUCCAAAAAGGGCAAUAUAUUCGUAUGUCUUGAAGCACCAGUGUCUUAAACAUCUGUCACAACAGUGAGAUUUCUGAGUUUGAUACAUUCCAGCCGAAGCGUGCAAUUUGCAUUCUAUCAGGAUUAUGGUGUUACACAGUGGAUCAUCUCUCAUAUUGCCAGAGCCACGGCUUCUUUUUUUUUUUUUUUUUUCCUAGUCUUAGAUUGCGUUUGGAGGCUUUUUCUGCGUCUGAGUCUAAAAUUGGAACAGAGAGCAAGUCCUUUGGGAAGGGAGACUUGCAGAGCAGGCAGCGAGGAGUGAACUGAAAGUGAGUGACCCAUUUCUCUUAUCUGGUCUCCACACAGGCUAUUCAGCGGGACCUUUUGGGAUCUUGGAACACAACCCAUAUUGUCCCCCACCCCCAUUCCACUUUAUCAUCUCAUUACGCAACCUGUCGUUGACUUUCCUUUUGCUUUAAGUUCCUGCACCUGUUGUCCUUUAAAAAAAAAAAAAAGAAACAUUUAAUGUACCCCUACUUAAAGGAGCACCAUUUUAUUACCAAUAUUUUCUUAACUGUGCCAAUUACAAUGGGACCAUAAUUGUAUUACUUUAGUUAAAUGUUGUGUUUAAAUAGAACUGGAGGUGGUAUAUAUCAUUUCUUGUAUAAGGGAGAAGUCUUAUUUGGGUUUAAACUUUUGUUAAGUAUUGGGCAAUGUCCCACCAAGGGUCACUUAUGCAGCGUCUAAGCCGCAUCGAACGGUUUCAUCAUAGUCUCCAAACUGCUUGGAAGAUCAGGAGAAUGUGCAUGGUUCCAUUGUAGUCUUAAUUUUUGGAAAAUAUAUAUCAUUAUAUCUGGCGAGGUCAAGGAGUGGUAAAUUGCAGUGUUCCGUUUACCAGCCUUCAGCAUCCGCUGUAUUGGUUCAGUUGUUAAAAUGUUUUUUUUUUUGUUUUUUUUGGGUGAAAUAACUUGAGGGUGGGAGAUAAGGGGUGAUCAGCAAAUCCCAUUCCACUGCCAAAAUGGAAGCCGUGAUGCCACCUUGGUGGGAACGGGAAGAUGAACAAACUUAGAGGGCGACCUAAACAUCUCAUGAUGCCACUCUUGUUUUUUGUGUGUGUCUUUGCAAGUCAACAGAACUGCAAACCUUUAAGAUGAAUUAAAUGAGAAAUAAAUAAACUUUAUCAGCAAUGUUUUAACUGGAACUUAUCCUGGGGUUUCAAGAUGUAAACAUUUUGUUAUCAACGGUAUUUCAUUGUAACAAUCAUGACUCAAAACAUGGACACAAUUUUUUUUUUUUUUUUUUUUUAAAUAAAGGACCAUGAUUGAAUUUGA